CCCACCUUCAGACCAACCAUGUCCCAACCCAAACAACCCCCAACCCUCCUUCUAUGCCCAGGCUCCUGGCACACCCCAACAAGCCUCACCCACCUCCAAACCGCCCUGAAGAGAGCCGGCUACCCAACGCAAACAAUCGCCCACCCCACCAACGGCGCCGACCCGCCCACCAAAACCCUCACCGACGACACCACCAACCUCCGCCAGACCCUCUCCCGCCUCAUCGACCAAGAAGGCAAAGGCGUGGUGCUAAUCGCCCAUUCCUACGGUGGCCUUGUGACCUCCAACGCAGCCGAAGGUCUCGGGAGGCAAGAACGUGCCAAUCAGAGUCUGCAGGGGGGAAUUGUACUCCUGAUUUAUAUGACUGCGUUUCUGGUGCCCCGGGGAGAGAGCCUUUUUGGGGUGUUGGGGGAAUAUAGACCUGCGAAUAUGGUUUUGGAGGGCUCAUAUUGCCGGGCAACCUCCGCGAGAGAAUCUUUCUACCAUGACCUCUCGCCCGACAUGCUGGUUGAAGCGGAGGCGCAGCUGACGCAUAGUUGUAUUGGGGCGUAUACUGAGAGUGUCAAUUACGAGCCCUGGCGGGAUAUCCCAUGUGCUUAUAUUUUCUGUGAGGAGGAUCGGGCGCUGGGGCUUCCGGUGCAGGAGAUGUUAGUUGACAUGAUGAGGAGCAGUGCGCCUUUUCCAGUCCGGACGGGGAGGUUGAGGGCGUCGCAUUCGCCGUUUUAUAGUAUACCUCUGGAGACGGCAGAGGUCAUUGUGGGGUUUGUUAGAGAGGUGGAGGGGGUUUAGGAGUUGAUCUUUUUUUUUGGGUGGUGUAAUAUGUGGUUUGGAUUGAUUACAUGUUUGUGGUGUGUUUAGGUGAUGAUUUGUGUUUACGUAUGCAUUGUUUGUGGUUGGUUAAAGAUAGGUUUAUGUUUGUAUUCUUGUUCGUUCAAGGGUAUCAACUUAAACAGUCAAUGCAUGCAAGUACAUGGAUUCAGAAUACUGGGUCAUGGUCAGCCACUAA